GGCUCUUCACGCUCGCCCUCCAUCCCUGCUCUUGCACUGGUCUGCAUCUCCCAGCAGAAGGCGCAGCCAUGAAUCCGUUAUUCGGCCCCAACCUCUUCCUCCUACAGCAGGAGCAGCAGGGCCUGGCCGGGCCGCUGGGGGACUCACUGGGAGGCGACCACUUCGCCGGGGGAGGAGACUUACCCUCGGCGCCUCUCUCGCCGGCCGGCCCUGCUGCCUACUCACCGCCCGGGCCGGGCCCGGCGCCGCCUGCCGCCAUGGCCCUCCGCAAUGACCUGGGCUCCAACAUCAACGUGCUCAAGACCCUGAACCUCCGGUUCCGCUGCUUCCUGGCCAAGGUGCAUGAGCUGGAGCGCCGGAACCGGCUGUUGGAGAAGCAGCUGCAGCAAGCGCUGGAGGAGGGUAAGCAGGGCCGGCGGGGCCUGGGUCGUCGCGACCAGGCCGUGCAGACCGGCUUCGUCAGCCCCAUUCGGCCCCUGGGGCUGCCGCUGGGCGCCCGGCCGGCCGCUGUCUGCAGCCCGUCGGCGCGGGUGCUGGGCUCGCCAGCGCGCUCUCCGGCCGGCCCCCUCGCGCCCUCCGCGGCCAGCCUCUCGUCGUCCUCCACCUCCACCUCCACCACCUACUCCUCGUCUGCCCGCUUCAUGCCCGGCACCAUCUGGUCGUUCUCGCACGCCCGCCGGCUCGGGCCGGGACUGGAGCCCACUCUGGUGCAAGGGCCUGGCUUGUCGUGGGUGCACCCGGAUGGGGUGGGCGUCCAAAUCGACACCAUCACGCCUGAGAUCCGCGCGCUCUACAACGUGCUGGCCAAAGUGAAGCGGGAGCGGGACGAGUACAAGCGGAGGUGGGAAGAGGAGUACACGGUGCGGAUCCAGCUGCAAGACCGUGUAAAUGAGCUCCAGGAGGAAGCCCAGGAGGCUGAUGCCUGCCAGGAGGAGCUGGCACUGAAGGUGGAACAGUUGAAGGCUGAGCUGGUGGUCUUCAAGGGGCUCAUGAGUAACAACCUGUCGGAGCUGGACACCAAGAUCCAGGAGAAAGCCAUGAAGGUGGAUAUGGACAUCUGCCGCCGUAUCGACAUCACUGCCAAGCUGUGCGAUGUGGCUCAGCAGCGCAACUGCGAGGACAUGAUCCAGAUGUUCCAGAAGAAGCUGUCUCUGCACUUGUCUCCCAUUAAGGUCCCAUCCAUGGGGGGGCGGAAGCGGGAGCGCAAGGCUGCCGUCGAGGAGGACACCUCCCUGUCGGAGAGUGAGGGGCCCCGCCAGCCUGAUGGGGAUGAGGAGGAGAGCACAGCCCUCAGCAUCAACGAGGAGAUGCAGCGCAUGCUCAACCAGCUGAGAGAGUAUGAUUUUGAGGACGACUGUGACAGCCUGACUUGGGAGGAGACUGAGGAGACCCUGCUGCUUUGGGAGGAUUUCUCAGGCUAUGCCAUGGCAGCUGCAGAGGCCCAGGGAGAGCAGCAGGAAGAUAGCCUGGAGAAGGUGAUUAAAGAUACGGAGUCCCUGUUCAAAACCCGGGAGAAGGAGUAUCAGGAGACCAUUGACCAGAUAGAGCUGGAGCUGGCCACAGCCAAGAACGACAUGAACCGGCACCUGCAUGAGUACAUGGAGAUGUGUAGCAUGAAGCGCGGCCUGGACGUGCAGAUGGAGACCUGCCGCCGGCUCAUCACCCAGUCCGGAGACCGAAAGUCUCCUGCUUUCGCUGCGGUCCCGCUUAGCGACCCGCCGCCGCCGCCAAGCGAGGCUGAGGACUCCGAUCGCGAUGUCUCAUCUGAUAGCUCCAUGAGAUAGAGACCUGCCUCUCCCUUGCACCCGAGGCCCUCGCAGCUGGGAACUCAGCAAGGCAGAGGGUGGGGCUGCACAGAGGGGAGCAUCAGCUGCAGCGGUGCACCAGGCCUGGCCCCUGGGGACGGGCACUCCUCCCUCGGGCUUCCUCCCUCGGUCUUGGCUUCUCCAGGGCUCUGGGGUGUCUGGAGCUAGGCUUGGCCCUACCAUUCUGGGGCCAUUUCCACCACAGUUGGGGCUCUCCUGCCUUCACGCGUGGGUGUCUGCUACUUCCCCAUCUUUAAAAUGCUGCCAGAGCGAUUGCGGCCCCUCACCUUGUCCACGUAUCAGGAAUGUGAAUGUGGGAACUUUCCUCCAUCCCUGUUGUCCGGAGCCAGCUCACUGUCUUCCGCACUGGUGCUGACUGGCCCAGGCACUGGCGUGGAAUAGAACGCCAUUGGGGGCUACACAUGGCCUCUGCAGCACACGCAGUUGGAGAGGGCUUCUGUCCCUGUCAGCGGCGGAAGGCGUUGGGGCUGGCCGGGGCACCUUGUCCCUGCUUUGGUCCACAUGCUCACGCUGUCCACCUGCUGGGUGGAGUGUAUGUGGCUGUGGCCCUCCCUCGUGGAUGUGCCGUGCUUUAAAGAGGCCUUAGUGCCCAGGAUGGGCACAGUAUUUUGACGGGCGGUGGGAGCUCUUGCUCUCAUGGUCACCGCAGAAUGACAGAGAAGGUGACGCUCCGGGCAUGCGUGCGCGGGUGUAUGUGCGCUCAGGGUCUCUGUUUAAGUAUUAGCUAAACAUGUGCCUCCUCCGUGUCUGUCAUACUCUAACAGGCUACAGUGUCCCUGAUUCUUCGAAAAGCCUGGAGAAAUGGGGGAGAUGCAAUUCACAAUGCCUUGGUAUAGGAGGCUGUGUUGAGCUGACAUUCAAAUGGAUUCUUUAAUAAUAAUGAAACUGGCGAGUAUUUAAUGUG